CAUGGAAGGCUACCAGGUGCUGAGAUUGGAGGACUGCGUUGAGUACGCCGACAUCUUUUGCACUACGACCGGUAACAAGGACAUCAUCAUGGUGAGCGACAUGAGGAAGAUGAAGAACAACGCCAUCGUGUGCAACAUUGGGCACUUCGACAACGAGAUCGACAUGGAGGGGUUGGAGACGUUUCCCGGGGUGAAGAGGAUCACCAUCAAGCCGCAGACGGACAGGUGGGUGUUCCCGGACACCAAGAGGGGUGUGAUCAUCUUGGCGGAGGGGCGUCUGAUGAACCUGGGAUGCGCCACCGGUCACCCGAGCUUCGUGAUGUCGUGCUCAUUCACGAACCAGGUGAUCGCCCAGUUGGAGUUGUGGAACGAGCGCACGAGCGGCAAGUACGAGAAGAAGGUGUACGUGUUGCCGAAGCACUUGGACGAGAAGGUCGCUCUGUUGCAUUUGGAGAAGCUGGGCGCCAGGCUGACGAAGUUGAGCGAUGAUCAGGCCUCGUACAUCAACGUGCCGGUGGGAGGCCCAUACAAGCCCGCCCACUACCGUUACUGAAGGGCCUCUGCAACCAGGCUUGGUUGGGGUGUUUGUAGGCUGCGGUACACUUUUGCUGUUUGUUUCUGAGAGCAUCUAACUUGUCGUGACCGAUUGGGGGGUCGACAAGGAUGACGUUUUUUUAAAAAAGAGAAAGUUAAAAACCAUUUAUUUUUGAUACA